UUCUCUCCUCGCGGGCCCUGGCUCAGUGUCUAAUGGAGCUUUCUUACCAGACUCUCAAACUCACGCACCAGGCGCGGGAAGCGUAUGAGAUGAGAACAGAAGCUCGGCGAAAAAAUCUCCUCAUCUUGAUUUUGCAUUAUUUAACACAAGAAGGCUACAUCGAUGCUGCGAAUGCUUUGGAGGAAGAGACUAAGCUGGGAUUACGGCGCUUUGAAGUCUGUGACAAUGUUGACCUGGAAACAAUUUUGAUGGAAUAUGAGAGCUAUUAUUUUGUAAAGUUCCAGAAGUACCCCAAAAUGGUUAAAAAGGCGCCAGACACAGUAGAAAAUAAUUUACUGACAAGAAAUGGAGGGAAGAGCAAAAGGGUGAUGAAUGACAAUUGUCAAAAUCUUCCUAAGAUAUAUCAGCAGAAGCCUCGACCCAAAACUUCAGCAGUGAAGACAGGGGACACCAGAUCUGUCAAGGAACAUUCUAAACAGGAGGGUGUCAGUAACACUCAAAUUGACAGUGCUAACUUUGGCCUGAACAUAUCAAAAAUCCACAAAGACAGCACAGAGGAGAAGGCCCACCCACGAAGAGGCCAAAUCAUUGACUUCCGGGGGCUGCUCACAGAUGCUAUCAAAGGGGCCACCAGUGAACUUGCCUUGAACACUUUCGAAAGUAACCCAGACCCUUCCGAACGCUUGCUGAAACCUCUGAGUGCAUUUAUUGGCAUGAACAGUGAGAUGCGAGAAUUGGCAGCGGUGGUGAGCCGGGACAUUUAUCUGCACAACCCCAACAUAAAGUGGAAUGACAUCAUUGGACUGGACGCGGCCAAGCAGUUAGUCAAAGAAGCCGUUGUGUACCCAAUAAGGUACCCACAGCUUUUUACAGGGAUCCUCUCCCCUUGGAAAGGACUGCUGCUUUAUGGCCCUCCAGGUACAGGGAAGACUUUGCUGGCCAAAGCUGUGGCCACUGAAUGCAAAACCACCUUCUUCAACAUUUCUGCAUCCACUAUUGUCAGCAAAUGGAGAGGGGAUUCAGAAAAACUUGUCCGGGUGCUGUUUGAACUUGCCCGCUAUCACGCCCCCUCCACCAUCUUCCUGGACGAGCUGGAAUCUGUGAUGAGUCAGAGAGGCAUGACUCCUGGGGGAGAGCAUGAAGGAAGUCUUCGGAUGAAGACUGAGUUACUGGUGCAGAUGGACGGCUUGGCCCGCUCAGAGGACCUUGUGUUUGUCUUAGCAGCGUCUAACCUGCCAUGGGAGCUGGACUGUGCCAUGUUACGGCGUCUGGAGAAGAGGAUUCUGGUUGAUCUCCCCAGCCAAGAGGCCCGGCAGGCCAUGAUCCACCACUGGCUGCCCCCUGUGAGCAAGAACCAUGCCCUGGAGCUGCAUACGGAGCUGGAGUACAGAGUGCUGAGCGAGGAGACACAGGGCUACUCAGGCUCUGACAUCAAGCUGGUGUGCAGGGAAGCAGCCAUGCGGCCAGUGAGAAAGAUCUUCAGUGUGCUUGAAAAUCACCAGCCAGAGAACAGCAUUUUACCCGGGAUCCAACUGGAUACCGUGACUACGCAGGACUUUCUGGAUGUGUUGGCUCACACCAAGCCUUCAGCAAAGAAUCUGACUGAGAGAUACUUGGCCUGGCAAGAGGAGUUUGAGUCUGUGUAAAGCUGCCCUCAGCCUGACCUGGCCAGAGGCAGC